AUGGAGAAUUUACCAUCUGAAGCUUUGUUCCCUCUUCAGGAGAUGAUUGAAGAACUUCAGAAGCGUUGUAUCCAUUUAGAGUACCCCUUGCUGGCAGAAUAUGAUUUCAGAAAUGAUUCCGUGAAUCCCGAUAUUAAUAUAGAUCUGAAACCUACAGCUGUUCUCAGGCCCUAUCAAGAGAAAAGCCUACGGAAGAUGUUUGGAAAUGGGCGAGCCAGGUCCGGUGUUAUUGUCUUGCCGUGUGGUGCUGGCAAGUCCCUAGUUGGAGUGACAGCUGCGUGUACUGUCCGCAAGCGGUGUCUGGUCCUUGGUAAUUCUGCAGUGUCUGUAGAGCAGUGGAAAGCCCAAUUCAAGAUGUGGUCCACCAUCGAUGACAGUCAGAUAUGUCGGUUCACUUCUGAUGCCAAAGACAAGCCCAUUGGCUGUUCUAUUGCUAUCAGCACAUAUUCCAUGUUGGGACACACGACGAAAAGAUCCUGGGAAGCAGAAAGAGUAAUGGAGUGGCUUAAAAGUCAAGAGUGGGGCCUUAUGAUACUUGAUGAAGUACAUACUAUUCCUGCAAAAAUGUUCAGACGUGUGCUCACUAUUGUACAAGCUCAUUGUAAACUGGGGCUGACUGCUACCCUGGUCAGAGAAGAUGAUAAAAUUGUUGACCUGAACUUCCUGAUUGGACCAAAGCUCUAUGAAGCCAACUGGAUGGAGCUGCAGAACAGUGGCUACAUUGCUAAAGUCCAGUGUGCUGAGGUUUGGUGCCCAAUGUCACCUGAAUUUUAUAGAGAAUACGUAGCUAUCAAAACAAAGAAACGGAUACUGCUGUACACCAUGAACCCAAAUAAAUUCAGAGCCUGCCAGUUCCUGAUUAAGUUUCACGAGCGACGAAAUGACAAAAUCAUUGUAUUUGCUGACAAUGUGUUUGCACUGAAGGAGUAUGCAAUCAGACUUGGGAAACCCUAUAUAUAUGGUCCUACUGCACAAGGAGAAAGAAUGCAAAUUCUACAAAACUUCAAGCACAAUCCAAAAAUCAACACUAUUUUCAUUUCCAAGGUAGGUGACACAUCCUUCGAUCUGCCAGAAGCCAAUGUUCUGAUUCAGAUUUCGUCCCAUGGUGGGUCUCGAAGACAGGAGGCUCAAAGACUGGGACGAGUGCUGAGAGCCAAAAAAGGCAUGGUUGCAGAGGAAUACAAUGCCUUUUUUUAUUCUCUUGUAUCCCAGGACACUCAGGAAAUGGCAUAUUCAACAAAGCGACAACGUUUUCUUGUAGAUCAAGGUUAUAGCUUCAAGGUAAUAACAAAGCUUGCAGGCAUGGAAGAAGAAGAACUUUCAUUUUCAUCCAAAGAAGAACAGCAGCAGCUUCUGCAGAAAGUUCUGCAAGCAUCUGACCUGGAUGCUGAGGAGGAAGUAGUUGCUGGAGAAUAUGGUUCAAAGUCAGCUCAGGUGUCACGUCGUACGGGCACAAUGAGCUCUAUGUCAGGAGCAGAUGAUACAGUUUACAUGGAAUACCACUCUUCACGGAGUAAGGCAUCUUCAAAUAAACACAUCCAUCCACUAUUUAAACGCUUCCGGAAGUGAUGGUCCUUCAUGUGUGCAUUUUGUUAAAACUGUGGAUCCAUGUACCUGUUUCCAUAACUAAAAAUAUGGAGUUGAAAUUUCUGACAGGUCCUUUAAAAGACUUUUUUUAUAUGCAUCUGUAUAGCCACAUAUUCACUUAGCAGUAUAUGUGCUCUCGUGGGUGAAUGCGAAAGGAAAAAAGGAACUAAAUCUUACCACAGGAAAGA